CUCUUAUCUGAAUGAAAUCUGUCCUCUCAUCCUUUUACUCUUCUUCUUCUUCUUUUUUUUUUUUUUUAAAGGAAUUUGAUCUUGGGAAUUUGUUACUUUCUCUCCUUUUCAAUCAUUAGUUUCAGAUAAAGAUCAAGCUUCUGAGGUGUUUUCUGCUUAUCCUUUCAAUCUCAAUAAUACCUUUUUCUUCAUUUUUUCAUUUUCAGUGGCGACUAAAUUUUGUGAGUUUUUUUUGCUCAAUUUUGAUUAUUUUCACUGGGGACAGAAGAGGUUCUGUAAUUUAUUUAUAUUGUAUUAUUUUCCUGCUGAAACUUUGAAGAAAAUUUCUAUCUGCUAAUAAGAUUUAGGAAGAAUUGAUGGCUUCUGCAGCUAUGGUUGUACAGGAUCAAAGCGGAGGAAAUGGUUUAGACACCGUUCUGCCUUCGGAUGACUUUGCUCUAAAGGUCAGGAAGCCUUACACAAUUACGAAACAAAGAGAAAGAUGGUCAGAAGAAGAGCAUAAAAAAUUUCUUGAGGCAUUGAAACUAUAUGGUCGGGCAUGGAGAAAUAUAGAAGAGCAUGUGGGCACAAAAAAUGCAGUGCAAAUUAGAAGCCAUGCGCAAAAGUUUUUCUCCAAGGUUGUUCGUGAAUCUGACACUGGAAUUGCCAGCUCUGUGAAACCAUUUGAAAUUCCUCCUCCCAGGCCCAAAAGAAAGCCGAUGCAUCCUUAUCCUCGUAAGAUGGUUUCUCCUGUCAAAACUGGAAUCCCAGCAUCCGAAAAACCAACAAGGUCCGCAUUUUCCAAUCUCUCAGUCCCGGAGCAAGAGGAUCUAUCUCCUACCUCUGUACUGUCUACAAUUGGUUCAGAUGUUUUGGGCCGAACAGAUUCUGGCACGCUUGAUGGCAGCUCAUCACCUAUUUCAUCUGUUGUUGCAGUCAAUGACGGUACUGUAGAGACAAGAUCUUGGUCACCUGGCCAAAAUGAUGCUCGUUCAAGUCAAGAUGUAGAAACUCCUAUGAAACUGGAGGUGUUACCUCAAAACGACACUAUAGCCAAAGAAGAUUUAAAUGAAUCUUCCACGCAGCAUUUGAAGCUUUUUGGAAAGACAUUAUUAGUCACCGACUCUUAUGGACCAUCUUAUCCUACUCUAAGCACGUGCAAACCGCAGUCAUUAGAUAGAAUUGACGGAACAUAUAAACAGAUAUUGCCUUGGACUUUCACGCCCUUUUCUCCAGGUGAUUCUGAGUGUGCAUGGCUCUGUUUGAAGAAUGACAAAUCGAACAAUAUGAAUGCUUGUCGGGUUCCUCUCCCAUGGUUGACACUUUGUGCUGGUGCAUCGAUUCAAUCUUUGCAGGUGCAUAAUCCUAUUCCUGUCAGGGGACGUCCAUCAUAUGAUAAGAAAGAGAAGAUCGAUAAAGAUGAUCAGAAAGAAGGUUCUUCGACUGGUUCCAACACAGACGUUGGUGGUGCAUCAGCUGACGAAGAAAAAAGCACAGAAGUCGAGGCUCAGAGCAGUCGUCUCUCAUGUGGAAGAGAAGAAGAGGAAAAAUCUCCCUCCUCUUCCAAAUUCAGUAUGAAACCUAGACUGAACUCUGUGAAUUGUAAGAAGGGUUUUGUGCCAUAUAAAAGAUGUUUAGCAGAGAGGGAUUCGGCAGUAACUCGGGACGAGAGGGAAGAGCAGCGGACCCGCCUUUGCUUAUAGCUAUAUUUUUGGCUAACCGAAUAAAAUGAAGAAGCAAGACAAGAUUGAUAUGUACUUUUGCAUGUAUAUGGUUUAUCUCCUUUAUUUUUUUUUGGCCGUUGAAAUGUAUAAUACGUAAUGAUUUUGUUAUUUUUCAUGUUGUAUUUUGCAUAUUAGCUUCUACAGUGUAAUGUCACCCUUAAUAACUGCGACUCUUGAUAAAUCGAUUACUACUUUGUCCUAGAAAGAUGACCGUUCUUAUAAAAUGCUUCAUUCCUUCA